CGGAGGCACGUUGUUUACAAUUUUGACAGAGUUGCUUCCCUUACCAAAUUUUAACCAAUCGACGAGUGGUAUGUCGUAUCCCUGCUGAACUGUAAUCAUGGCGGAUUACAGGGACAACGUGGUUUCGGGAAUCUUCACAUUUACUAAAGAAGAUGGAAAUUCCUCACUGGAUUCGCAUAACAUGCUGACAGUGAUAGACCAUCACCAACUGUUUGGAAUUCAGAAAGCUUCCUACCUGCAAGACACCAUUGGUCACAUACACAGCUGUUUAAACACAGCAGCUAACAGGCCUGAUGGUCUGGUGCUGCUGGAGAGAAUGGUUGCACAAUGUUCGACAGAAGUGUUCACUGCAAAUGUCAACACCUGGUUUAAGCUGCUGCUGCAAGUUUUACAGUCACACAGUGAUGUGCAAGAGAAGCAGCAAUCUUGUCAGAUCCUAGUGGAGAUGAUUGCAACAUCGAGCAGCUUUCCCGAGAUAAACAGGGAGAUAUCAGCAUCCAUCAUCCCUAAACUCCUGCCCCUGCUCCUCGUAGCAACAUCAGCUUGGAUGGAGGCAGCAACUCGAUGUGUUGCUUCAUGUGUAUCUCAUUUCUCCGGUCCCUGCAGGGUGUUUAGGUCAAAGAUUGAAUCCAUGAUGCUGCGUCAGCUAGAUCGGCCGAGUCCCAGCACUGCCAGCAUCCGCUGUCUGGCACUCCUGGCUCGACUGGGACCUAGUCAGGUGGCCAAACAGAUAGACGGAUGGAUGGAGAUGUGUCGAGUCCUCCUCUCUUCUCUCAAUCAGUGUCUUUCCUGUCUCUAUGAAGGUCUGGAAACAGACGAAGUGCCAACAUCUGAGGAGAGUAUCUUCUCCUCCGCCCCAGAUACGGAGCCUGGUAGAAGCAAUGUCCUGACUGCACGGUACAAGACACUGGGAGUGUGUCUGCAGACACUGCUUGGUGAGAAGCAUCCUUCGUCUGUGAAGUUACCGGCUCAGGACGUAUUGGGCGUGGUGUGCAGGUGUCUGGCCGUCAACUACAGAAUGCUGUUAGCGCGCCCCACGACAGACAGAAUCCGACUGUUGUCACAUCUGCCCGAGUUGCACAAAUCCAGUCUCGAUCUACUCACUGCCCUCAUCAUGAGUUGCCGAAUGCAGUUACUUCCUUUGAGCGACCUCAUCAACAAGCUGUUCCUCCAGAGUUUGGCCUUCACCCAUCUGGAUCCUGUGUACGCCCAGGAACGGCCGCUCAGCAUCCCGAGGGAAGCGACAUACAACAGCAUGGUCCAGUGGCUGAAGGUGGUCGGGUGUUCGUGUAACCUGGUGACGGAAGAGAAGGAACUGGUCAAGGAGGUCCUACAUGAUGUCACGCCUGUCACAGACACGCUCAAGCUCAAGGGUAGUCUGAAGUGCAGCCUUGACCCACCUCCAACCAAGAAAAAGAAGAAGCGAGGUGGCUACCAGGAGCUGAGUGAAGGUAUCAGCUCACACAGGAAGAUGUCCCACACCGCCAACAGUGCCGUCACCAACAGCGCCUUGCAAGUGCUUCAUCUCUUUGUAUCCAGAUUUGGAGAUGUUCUGAAGGACAAGCUUUAUCAGGAUAUCAUUGACAGCGUAGUGAGCUCGAUCCUGCUCAUUCAACAGAACGUCUUGGAGGCGCCAGUUCCGUACGGCAGUGCCGAAUGACGUGGGGGUCUCUACAGAACAUUGCUGGCAUGUAGUCUGCAGACCCAUCCUAAGGUGGCAUCUCCAUUACAAGUCAGUCUGAUGUUGUUCCGAACUGGUCUACAAGAUCCCAGCAUAGAGGUGUCGUACAUAUGUCAAGAAGCCCUGACAGUGUGUGAGUGCCUCGUCCACCCCCGUGCCCCCUGUCUGCGGGGACCAAGCCUCACACAGACCACCCUGACAGUACGCACUGCUGUUGCUGAUGCAGACCUUAAUGGGAACAAGAUCCCCACAGUUAGUCCCCAAACAUCCAAUAUACAGAGCUCUGAUACACAUGGUACCUCGGUAACCAGUUCAGUGACUGACAGACACAGAUUGGAAUCGGUAUCUACAGAUCAUAACAGUGUUGAUCAUUCUGUUGAUCGUCGCGUUGUCCAAGUCUGUCGCGAAAGAUUCAAAUAUAUCUACGCCCAGUGUGCUUGUGACAAACAGGACAGCUCCUGAAAGUCCAGAGAGUGUGGUCGAUGAGGAAGUGACCAGCAGCGAUGAAGUGGAUGCCGUUGAUGAUGUUGAGAUGGUGGACAAGACAGCUGGUCAAGAAAUGUGUGAAGAGGUUGGUGGUCAAAUGUCUUUGAGGACACAGGAACUGGGAACAUCAGAAGUGGGAAAAGGACAGUUAUCUGCCCCUGUGUCAGGGUCAAAGAUGGUGGAAGAUGUGGAGAGUGGGGAAGGGAAGAUUGUGCCUUCAACAUCGACAGAAUCCUCCCAACAAAUUGAAUCAAGUGAUCAAGAGAUAAGGAGCGGUGAGGUCGAUGCCAUGCUGCUGAGUUUUGUGGAUGCUGGACCAGAUUCAGACUAACCGAUGUCAGUUGAUUGGAAAUAAAGAUGUGAAACUGUU